AUGAUGUUGCACGAGGCGGUUAUGCUGGAAAUCUACAGGCAGGCGCUCACAGCAAGUGAGUUGGCCAGCCCGCGUUGUCAAUCACGAGAAUCGAAUGUUUCUGCAGCCGCCAUGGAGGGACGUUGUCCGUCGAAUGGCUCCCAUUGCUCUGGCAAUGAGCGUUCUGCAACGCCCGCAACCACCUCGCUACCUAGCACACCACCCGCAGGUCUACCAUUGCCGGCCACGCUAGCACCGGCAGCAGCAGCUGCUUUGUUGCCACCACAAUCUGCCGCCAUGGCUGCAUAUUUCAACGCAGCUGCAGCAGCGGCACAACAGAAUCACUUGCUGCUAACCAAUCCACUAGCAGCUGCAGCCUCACUUGUGCAACAAGCCACACGAACGCAUUCGCCAACUACAAAUCACUUAGCACGAACAACGCCCUCCUCACCACAAACAGACGCCAUCGCCGACGAGCCAGUACUGGACUUUAGCACGAAACGCCGACGGCAAUCUGAACAUGAAAGUGAUGACGAUGAGGUUGACGAGAAGAUGGACGAUGACAAUUGCGAGCUAAGCAAUGCCGCGGAUGCGCCAGUCGAUGUGAAUAGUCCGCUUGAUUUGUCGGUUGGACGCAAACGUGAAUCUUCAGAUGAGGAGUCCCACAUGCCAAUGCGAAAAGCAUUACGCACCGCGCACGAAUACAAAGCGCUACCAUCCACUGCUGGCAAUUGGGUACCAACAAUUAAUCCGUACUUAGCUGCGGUGGCCGCGGCUAGCUUAUCACCCAAAUCGCCACUCUCGCCAAUGGAAUGGAAUGGAAAACAUAAACUUUUGCCAAAUGAAGCUACCAAAGCACUAGAGAAAAUGACUGAAAUGACAAGACUUGGCUCGGCUACAGACAGUGCCGAGCUACCACCACAGCACAGGCAAGUGGGUGCACCAGCCAACAAUGUGAGCAACUCCGGCGGCGGACGACACAGUGCGUGGCAAUCGCAUUGGCUUAACAAGGGGGCAGACGCCGUGCGAGAUGUCUUCAAAUGUGUUUGGUGUAAACAAAGUUUUCCCACACUGGCCUCAUUAACAACACACAUGAAGGAGACGCAACAUUGUGGUGUCAACAUGCCUUCAACGGGCCCAAAUGGCACCCCAACUAAUAGCAGCGCCAGCAAUCAGACAACUCAAUCGACACAUCACUUACGUCACUCGACUAAUACCGGCACAUCGUCCGCUGCCACAUCAGCCACAGCAACUGCAGCGACCACGUCCAAUAAAUCUGAUCUCAAUUUGUUAAUCAAAGAAACGAUGCCAUUGCCACGCAAACUGGUACGCGGCCAAGAUGUCUGGCUCGGCAAAGGUGCAGAGCAAACGCGCGAAAUACUGAAGUGCAUGUGGUGCGGCCAGAGUUUUCGCUCGUUGGCCGAAAUGACAUCGCACAUGCAGGAGACGCAACACUACACGAACAUAAUAUCCCAAGAGCAGAUCAUUUCAUGGAAGUCGACGGAUGAUAAAAACUCGAACAGCGGCAGCUCGAACUCGAAUAGAACAUCGUCAACAUCACCUGUCGGUGCAUCGCCACCGUCUGCCAUAGCCAAUGCAGGGGCCGUUGUUAUUUCUAGCCCCAACAACGCAUCGGCGGCUACUGUAAGUGCCGUGCUAACAUGCAAGGUGUGCGAUCAGGCCUUUCCAACGCUCAAGGAGCUAAGCAAUCACAUGAUGAAAAAUUCACACUACAAGGAGCACAUGAUGCGUGCCAUUGGCGGUGGCGAGCAUGCGGCAGCUACGCCAACUGCAGCGGUCGCGCGACGUGGACGGCAAAUGCGUGAAAAACGUAAGAAGUCGUUGCCGGUGCGUAAGUUGUUGGAGUUGGAACGCGCACAACAAGACUACAAAAAUAAUAGUUUGGAUCCCGCGUUGAAGCCAUUACGUGAUUUUGCCGCUACGACUAAGAUUACAUGCGAAAAGUGUGGCGAGAAGAUCGAGACAGCUCUAUUUGUCGAUCACAUCAGGCAAUGUCUGGGCGGAAUGUUGAUGGUGCCCUCACGCAAUCACAGCAGUGACGCGUUGAAACACACACUUAACACCAUGAGUUGUAUCGAGCAGCUUGCUAGCCCACAGACCCCGACUAGUCGCAGUGAUGGGCGCAAAACAGCCGACAGCAAUAUGUCUCACGCCUCAACACGCCCAGACAUACUUUGCCCGCUGCCCAAGGAAGGUGAAAAGACGAGCUCCUCUACGCCAUCAGUGCUUAACGCCAUCGAGCAACUCAUCGAGAAGAGUUUCGAUAUACGCACGCGCAACAACAGCUCCUACUCGGGCAAUGGUAAUGGCAGCCAGCGCAGCACACCGCUUGGUUCCAGUAUUUUGAAGCGGCUCGGUAUUGACGAUAGCGUCGACUACACCAAACCGCUCAUAGAUCCACAAACAAUGCACUUUAUGCGCACUUACUCGAACUUCUCAGCGCGAGAUCGUAGCGCAAGCGAGUCGAGCUCGAUCUCUGAACGCUGCAAUAGUCGCAUAGAAUCGUUCACACCCGAACGCAAUAACGCAGAGCGUGCACGACAGUCAACGCCACGCCUAACACCGGAAAAGUUGACCAACGCGGAAGCGAAUGCGGAGACAGUUGAUAACAAUGACGUCAUGGCAAUGGACAAUGAAUUGCUGAAAAUCAAAUCAGAGCCUGCCGAAACGUCCAACGAGCCGCAAGAGCUAACGAUGAACGACAACAAGGCCAGCCUGGAUAUGUCACCACAUAAAAUAUCCGUAAAAAAGGAAUUCAAUAUGAUUGAUAACCAAGAGGAUGAACGGCAAUCGAGUGACUCUCUACACUACAAGCCGCAAGUGCAGACUCCUUGCUCGCGCGCUGCAAGUCCCAGCACAAGCGAACGCUCAAUUACACCCAAAUCCACAACAUCUUCCGCAGACAAGAGAUUUCCGACAGUUGGCAGUAGCCUCACAGCGCUUUCUUCAAUGUUUGACAGCCUAAAUAAUAUGAACACAAGUGCGUCCAACGCUCAGUUGCAUGCUACAGAAAGCGUGGUUGGUGCGGAAACCAACAACAACAUUACAAAUAAAAAAACAAAUGCCAAUCCACUUGCGGCGCUUCAAAAGCUUUGCGAGACGACAGAGAAGCCAGCCAUGAAGACACGCAACGCCGCUAAUGGCAUCAAUCACAAUUCUCAGCUGGCAGGCAAUAUGAUGGCCUUCAGUUGGGCUUGCAAUGAUGCCGUACAAAAUUCGAAUGCCGAGUCCAUGAUCAAAUGCUCGCAAUGUGAUGCAGUCUUCAGCUCAAAGGGCGCUUAUCGUCAUCAUUUCUCGAAGAUGCACUACAUCAAAGACGGAGACGGAGAGGUGAAUGCUGCAAAAUCUCCGAUGCUGGCAUGCUCACCUAAGUCGGCAGCUACGUCUCCGAAGAGCGCUUCAAAGAGUCCCGUGAGUGCAGGCAACAUGGCAGCACCAAUCAUCAAUCCGUACAAUGAAAGUUCGCAAUCAAAGUUCCUCAAAUACAGCGAGUUAGCCAAGCAGUUGUCAUCAAAGAAUGUCUAAAAGAUUAGUCACAACCUUUUUGCUAAUUAAGUCCCCAACCCGAAUACUAAUUCGAUACUUUGUGAUGU